UGAAGGACACUGCCGGGAAUCUUUAAACGUCCCCGGCCACUCCGACGAUUUGUAAACAUGGCGAGCCUGGUAGAUGUCGGUUGGAAACUCCUGGAAUUCAAAGCCCGAUCGAAAAGAUCAGAUUUGUGAUUUAGCUGAGAGAGAGAGACGAUUGGCCUUUAUUUCACCUUUUGAGAAUGGCCGCUUCAGUGGCUGCGACAGCACGCGCUCAUCGGAAAGUUCUCCGAGUCGGUUCCAUCUAUGAACCUCUUAAGCUGUCCAAUCUCAAGCGGGAGGAUGAGCCCCUAUGGGAGAAGCUGGACCGCUACUACAAUGCUGUCAAGACCACCAUUCUGAACUACCAGAGUCCCACCACGGGCCUUUUCCCCGUCAAUACGUGCUCAACGUGCAAAGAGGCCAAGGUCCGGGACUCCCUGUAUUGUGCUGCUGGUGCCUGGGCCCUGGCCAUGGCCUACAGACGCAUCGACGACGACAUGGGGCGAACCCACGAGCUGGAGCAUUCAGCCAUCAAGUGUAUGAGAGGGAUCCUCUACUGCUACAUGAGACAAGCUGAUAAGGUGGAGCAGUUCAAGCAGGAUCCCAGCCCCUCCAAGUGUCUGCACUCAGUGUUCCAUGUCGACACCGGCGACGAGGUUCACUCCUACAGCGACUACCACCACCUGCAGAUCGAUGCCGUCUCUCUGUUUCUGCUGUACCUGGUGGAGAUGAUCUGCUCGGGCCUGCAGAUCAUUUACAACACUGAUGAGGUUUCCUUCAUCCAGAACCUGGUGUUCUGCGUGGAGAGGGCCUACAGGGUGCCUGACUACGGCAUGUGGGAGCGAGGCAGCAAAUACAACAAUGGCAGCACUGAGCUGCAUUCCAGCUCUGUGGGACUGGCUAAAGCUGCUCUGGAGGCCAUCAAUGGAUUCAACCUGUUUGGAAACCAGGGCUGUUCGUGGUCAGUGAUAUUUGUGGAUCUGGACGCCCACAACAGGAACAGGCAAACCCUCAGCUCCCUGCUGCCCCGAGAGUCACGCUCCCACAACACAGACGCGGCCUUGCUUCCGACCAUCAGCUACCCGGCCUUCGCGGUGGACGACGACGCUCUGUACAGCCAGACCCUGGACAAGAUAGUGCGCAAGCUGCGCGGCAGAUACGGCUUCAAGCGCUUCCUCCGCGACGGCUACCGCACGGCCAACGAAGACAAGAAUCGCCGCUACUACAAACCGGCCGAAAUGAAGCUUUUCGAUGGAAUCGAGUGCGAGUUCCCCAUAUUUUUCAUCUACAUGAUGAUUGACGGGGUGUUCAGAGGAAAUGACGCUCAGGUCAAGGAGUACCAGGACCUCCUUGAACCCAUCGUCUUCCAGUCUUACGAGGGUCAUGCUGUGAUCCCCAAAUACUACUACGUACCUGCUGAUUUCGUGGAGGCGGAGCAGAACAAGCAUGGGAGCCAGAAGCGUUUCCCUAGCAACUCUGGACGUGAUGGGAAGGUGUUCCUCUGGGGUCAGGCCUUAUACAACAUCGCCAGACUGCUGGUGGACGAGCUGAUCAGCCCUAAAGAUAUCGAUCCCAUCCACCGCUACGUGCCGCACCAGGCUCAGCGCAACGUCAGCAUGCGGUACUCCAAUCAGGGUCCUAUAGAGAACGAUGUUGUGAUCCACGUGGCCCUUAUUGCAGAGAGCCAGAGAUUGCAGGUGUUUCUGAAUACGUACGGCAUUCAAACCCAGACGCCGCAGCAGGUGGAGCCGAUCCAGAUCUGGCCUCAGAGAGAACUGGUCAAGGCAUACCGUUUCCUCGCCAUCAAUAAGAAGCUGGGGUUGAGUGGGCGUCCGGAGAGGCCAGUGGGCUGCAUCGGGACCUGCAAGAUUUAUCGUAUCCUGGGCAAGACGGUGGUGUGCUACCCAAUAGUGUUUGAUCUGAGUGACUUUUACUUGUCCCAAGAUGUUAUGCUGCUGAUUGACGACAUCACGAAUGCCCUGCAGUUCAUCAAACAGUGCUGGAAGAUGCAGGGACGUCCUCUCUUCCUGGUUCUCAUCCGUGAGGAUAACAUCAAGGGAAGCCGCUUCAACCCAGUCUUGGACAUGCUGGCAUCUUUCAAGAAAGGCAACAUUGGAGGGGUCAAAGUUCACGUCGACAGACUUCAGACCCUGAUAUCUGGAGCAGUGGUGGAGCAGCUGGACUUCCUGCGUGUGAACGAGGCCGAGAUCACAGAGUUUAAGAGCUUUGAAGAGCUGGAGCUGCCGAAACACUCCAAGGUGAAGAGGCAGAUGAGUACGCCCAAUGCCUCGGACCUGGAGCAGCAGCCGGAGAUCAGCGUGGAGGAGUGGCUGCCCAAGCCCUCCAAUGAGAUCAUCCAGAAGUUCCAUGACUCAAACUGCUUAGCCAGUCAGGCUCAGCUUGCAGGAAUCCUUCUUAGGAGAGAAGGACCAGACUUCCUCGCCAAAGAUGAGAACCUGAUGGAUGAACUGGAGAGACUCUACAGAAGAGCUGGCAGCAGGAAGCUUUGGUCUGUUGUCCGACUUGCCGCCAGUCUCUUAUCUAAGCUAGUGGACAGCCUUGCCCCCAGUAUUACUAGUGUUUUAGUUCAUGGCAAGCAGGUGACCCUCGGCCUAUUCGGGCACGAGGAGGAGGUGAUCUCCAACCCGCUGUCGCCAGGGGUGAUCCAGGGCAUCAUCUACAGCAAGUGCUCCCCUCACGGCGGGGCGCGGGAGGCUGUACUUCAGCAGGAGCUGGUCAUCCAUAUCGGAUGGAUUAUCUCCAACAAUCCAGAGCUGUUCAGCGGCAUGCUCAAGAUCAGAGUCGGAUGGAUCGUCCAGGCCAUGAAGCACGAGCUGAAGAUCCGGGCAGGAGAGAUGCCUCCCCAGGACAUCUACCAACUCUCCCCCGGCGACAUCAAGCAGCUGCUGCUGGACGUCCUGCAGCCGCAGCACACCGGCAGGUCUUGGCUGAACAGGCGUCAGAUCGAUGGCUCUCUGAACCGGACCCCCCUGGGCUUUUAUGACCGCGUGUGGCAGAUCCUGGAGAGGACCCCCAACGGCAUUCUGGUGGCUGGGACUCACCUCCCGCAGCAACCCACACUGUCUGACAUGACCAUGUAUGAGAUGAACUUCUCCCUGCUGGUGGAGGACACGCUGAAGAACAUUGUCCUGCCUGAGUACAGACAAAUCAUAGUCGAGCUGCUGAUGGUGGUGUCUAUCCUGCUGGAGAGAAACCCGGAGCUGGAGUUCAGCGACAAGGUGGAUCUGGACAGUCUGGUGAAGGACGCGUUCAGUGAUUUCCAGAGGGAUCGCAGCAGCUUCGAAGGCAUCGAGAAGCAGGAUACUAUGGAGUCAUUCUACAACACACCUCCGGUGGGAAAGAGGGGCACGUCCAGCUAUCUGACCAAGGCUGUUAUGAUCCAGUUGCUGCAAGGGGAUGUCAAGCCCUGCAAGGAUGAGCCGUGCUCUGUUAGUUAGAUUUACAACGCUUUGAUUCCCCCCUCCCCGUGCAGCAUGGAGCACAGAGUGUCCACCACACGCAUUCAUAAGAUUACCUCUCUUUACCCACUCCUGCGAGCUACAGUUUUCCUCGACUUUUGCUUCAACGGCAACAUGGGCUUUGAGCAGAGGCUUCAACCGGAGUAGAUUGGCGUGUUGGUAAAUUGUGACAGGCAUGAAAAUACAUCCAUGAGUCGUGCUUAAAAGUCUUAUUUGUUUUAUUUUACUACAUAUCUUAGUUUUGUCAGAGUUCUGCAUUCCGACCAUAUUGGAUAUUUGAAUUAAGAUUGAUCUUGAGUAAAGGCCACGUCCUGCCCUUUAUUUGGAUGCCAUCGAUUAGCAUGUCGGCACUUUGUCCCAAAUUUUAUUAUACUGCACAUCAACCAGUUAUGUUUAUCUCAGUAACGCCUACAACUUACAAAGUUCAGUCCCCCGACAAAUUAAGGUUUUAAUGGUGUUACUAACAAUGAUAUGUGGCGUUGUCAGAAUGACAGUUAGCCAGCUGACUACUGUUAUCUUACACUUUCCCAAAUGAUAAGUAAUUUACUUAAAAACAGCAAAUAAAAAGCUUAUUUGAAGGAAAAAGCACAUUGCUGAUUUUGGAUUAAAAUUGAAACUGGGCGGAAACAGCUAGCCUGGCUCUAAAGGAUGUGAAACUAGCAGCAUACUCAUAUGACAGGUAUCAGAUAUUCUCAUCUAACUCUUUGUAAUAACGUGAAGCAGGAUAUUUCCCAAAAUGUGGAACUAUUUCUGUAAAAAUGUCAGUUUUACUUGUUCAGUAUUCUGUCUGUCAUUAUACCUCACCAGCAAUAAUCUAGAUGGAACAUAGCAAUUUAAUAUGCAUACGUGAAUCAGUCAGAAACGCAUCGUAUCAUGAGAGAUGUGGUUCUCAAAUCGACUCCCUUUAGCAGGUGAAUCUUAUAAUAUGAAACAGAAAGCGGGAAUUAAUUUUUGCCAUUAAUUCCAGAUUUCUAAUAAUAAAUGUGUGGAUCUUCGUCAAAAUGCAGCUUGACCUUGUAAACCUCAGUCAAAACUAUCUGCAGGUCUUUGGCAUUAGAGCGCUGUUAUAGUGGAGUGAGUUAUACAAUAUAUAUCUAAUAUCACAAUACAUACAACGUCAGCCUUGGGUGUUUGCUGUACUGUGUUGAGUUUCUCUUAGAGGGAGAGGUCUUCUCCCUUCGAUGCAUGCACAGUCUGCUGCAUGACAAUAGGUACUGUUUGGCGUAUAACCAUUGUGAUGGUUUCUCUGAAUGUCACAGGCUACAAAAUAGGGUUUCCGAGAGGCCCGUUUUGCACAAUAGGGCCCUGCAUGACAAUGACUACUGCUCGCCUGAAGUCGGGGGACAGAAGGACCCUUUAGAAAAUGUUGCUGUUUUGUUGAAUAUGGGCAACCGAAAAUACUGCUGUCAACCUUAUGUAGAAAUGAUGAAAGGCUCACUAUUUUAAGGCGUGCCUUUCUGAAUAUCAUCACUGUGAUGAACCUGCCUAACCCUGUGUGCGUGCGCGCGUCCGUGUGUGUGCUGUAUACCGUUUUCAUUCAAAAGACAGUAUUUUUAACUCAGAAAUUCUAGAAUAAAGUCAUCGUGGAAACUACAAA